AUGUAGAAAUUGAAAACCAAUAGCUAAGAUCAACUCAAAUAGUCUGAGCAACCUCGAAAGAUACAAGAGACAAGUUCAAGUUAUUUAAUUUAAAUACCAUAACAAGAGAUUGAACAGCAAAAGGAAGUACCUUUAAAUUCUACUUAUAACAAACAAGAUCUAGUACAUACUGACUAAGAUCAAAAAGCCAAAUCAUCAUUAUUCAGAUAUUUUAGACCUUCUCCUGAUCCUUAAUUAGUUUGGGAACCUCAUAUAGACAAAUAAUUCAUGAGUGAAUUUUAGGAGUUAAUAGAAAAUCGCUUCAACGAGGUUAAGAGAAGUUCAAGCAUUUAUAAAUACUAUGCUAAAAUAGGAUUUCAAGCCUUUAUAUAUCUUUUAAACAUUCUAGAGAUUAUCUUUACAUUAAGUUUCGAUUCUUAUAAUAAAAUUGCUGAUAACUCAAGUUACUAUAAAUUCUGCUACACUGUCUCUAUAGUUUUCUGUGUUUUACUUCACAGUGGAGCCUGGAUGUACACUUAUAAAUUUAGGGAAGUUGCUAAAAAAAUGGUUAUUGUUGAAGUUGCAUAUUAUAUUUACUACAUGCUCAUGGGAGCAUUGAGUUAUUUUAAAAUAGCUCCUUUUAUAUAUUUUUACAGCAGAGACAAAUCAAUUAAAUAGUUUUCAUUUAGUGAAAUAAAUAAAUACUUAUAAUUAAGCGGAAAAGAUAAAUUUAGAAAUCCAUGUAUGCUUUUCAAAAAAAGAACAAAACCUGUUAAUAUUUUUAGAGACUUAAUAUUUCAUAGAGUUGCACUCCUUUCCAUGAUUAUUACCAUGACUAUUUAAACAAUUCCUUAACUCUUCAUAUAAAGCUCUUAUAUGAUUGAAAGAUCUGCAUGGGAUGGAUUUAAUGUAAUUAGUUUUUUAUUACUAUUGAGUAAUUUAAUCUAUUACUCUUUCGAGUUAUAAUUUAUUGUAUUCACUACAACCUAUAGAUAAAUGCAAACAGAACUACAAUUUAAAUUGAAGAAAAUCAAGUUAAAGUUCAUUUAAGAAACAAAACAGUUAUUAAAAUCUGAUUAACAAUUUAUGGAGUUUGUUGAAUCUUUUUAUUUUCAUAUUGAUCCUAGUAGGUUCAGCCCUUAUUAAAAGAAAAGAUGUAUAGUUUAAAUAAUAUUUUCCUUGAUAAAGUAGAAAAAAUUUUAAAAUAUUGAAUUCCAUUUUAUAGAUAGUUAUGAUGAAGUUACUUUGUAAUAUUUGGCUAAUUGCUUUAAAUUGAUCAAUGUAGAAAAAAUACAUCUUUUAUAUCAAGAUUAAAAUCACUUAUCGUUUCUUCAGGAUAUAUUUUCAAAUAUUCUUAAUCUAACCUUCGAACUAUAAAACAAGGAAAAUCUUGAUAAUUUAUGGAAUGAUGACAUUACCGAUGUUAAUGCAGAAGAAGAGAAAGUCAGAUAGAUAAGAUUUAUUGCAAAUCCAAAAAUAUCCACUGGUUUGUAAGUCGUGCAACAAAAUAAAAAUGCUAAACUCAAAUACAUAAAUAUCACUUAACAUUUUUUACAGCUGAAUCCAAUAGAAAUAAAAGGAGAAUUUGAUCCUUUAAGAAAAGGUAAUAGUGUAAUUAUGAAUUAAAAAUAAACCAUACUUAUUUAGAAUAUAGAAGAAUAACCUUAAGAUAUCAUCAAUGAGGCAAGAAUUCAAAUUAAAGAAAUAACCAAAAGAACUCUAUUUGAAGAGUAAUAUGGAAAAAUUGAAUUUUUGAUCAAAAUGUAUGACUAUUACGAAAUCCUAAAGAAAUUGAAUGAGUUUUAAGUAGCUUUUCAAUCUAUCUCGUCAUUGUUAAAUGGAUCGUUAUAAAUUAUUUCUCUUAUCUAUUUGACUAAUGAUGGUGAUAUUUAUAUAACUGCAUUAAUAGUUUUAACAGCAAUCAAUCCAAUUUUACAGUUAUUAUCAUUUGCAGUCUUUUAGCAUAGAGUAUUUAAAAUUUUUUCACCUUUGAGACAGGCGUUUUAUGUUCUGUUAUUUGCAAUAUUUAACUUUUUAAAAAUAUGGGAUAUAGUAAUGGUUUGCUUAUAUGUUUGUGUGACAGAAUUUGCUAAAGUAGUAAAAAGAGAGUUUAGUUCUGAAGGGUACUUUAAAUUCAAGAGCUAUGCCUCAAAAUUUUCAGGCAGCAUAGCUACCACAGUGUUUAAUUAUGAAAAUGUAGCAAUUAAUCCCAAAAAUAUUUUAUAAAUCAAAGAUGAGCCAUUUUAUGAGGCUGUUAUGUGGAGAACUAAUGUUGAAGAAGCUUUGAACAAAGUUCCUUAAUUCUUUAUAUAUGUGUUAUCAUUGUCAUCUAAAGAAUUAAAUGGAGUAUGGUUGCUAUCUUUUUUUCAACAAUUAAAAGAUAGUGUUUAGGCAAUAAAGGAUAUCUUAGAUAUUGUAAUUAAAGACUAUCUUAUUCCAGCAUUAAUUUUAGGCGCUGUUUCAGCAGAUCAAUUCUUUUAAUCGAUGUUGUACCUGAGCUCAAUAUCAAAUUAAAUACUAUUGGAAUAUCCUAAAUCCUUCUAAAUUGUUUCGAAGGUAGAGGAAUAACAUUUACAAGAAAAAUUAACCUUUAAAAUUAAUCUGAAAAACAUAGAUUUUUCUAAUUAUGUAGAUUUAAAAAAAAAAAAGAUGCUGGCUUAGUUUAGGUAUGUUCUUGCUUCAAUAAAAAGUAUUUUAGAAAUUGAUUAAGCAUAAAGGUUGUUUUGUAUGGGAUAUGAAUUAAAAGAUUUAAUAAGAUGUUUAAAAGUUAGUCCUCUUUAUUAAUUAAAAUUGAACUAUUAUUUAGAUGAAGUGUAACCUGCCUAAAUACCUUAUAUUAAUGGAUUUAUUAAAAAUUGCCCAAAAUAAUUACAAUUCUUGCAACUCUAAGUGGAAUCCACAAAAGCAUAAUAAAUGGAAUUUUGUGUUGAAAGAUAGGAAACUCUAAAAGCUUUUUCUUAUUCUUAUUUCUAAUUAAUACAAUAAUACAAUAAUCAUUCUGGAGUAGCUUUAUAGGAAACCUUGAAUAUAGAUAAGGAUUUUUUAAAGUUAGAUAGGUACAAUUUUGAACAGUUUUAUUUUGAGGUUUUUGGUAACCUUGCAUUAUAGAAUUGCAGUUAACUAUUACAAUAGUUCACUUAGAUGAAAGUGUUCAAGGCAUCGAUUUUUAAUAAUGCAGGGAUUCAGACUUUUUAAUUUAAUAGUAAUUUAAGAAGUUCAAGAUUGGAAAUUUUAGAUAUCACUUUUGAAAAUAUUACAUUAGAUUUUUAGGAAUUCCCUUUUAGCAAUCUCAAAGUCCUCAAAAUGAUUUUGAAAAGGUGUGAAUUUAACAAAGAGAACCUGAAGUACAUCUUAGAAAGUCUACAUAAUUAUACAAAAGUGGUUUAUAUAGAUAUGUCAUAAUGUUUGCAAAGCUAUACAGUAGCGGAAUAGAAAAGCCUAGUAAGAGGAUUAGAAAGCAAAGCAAUAGAUGUUUUCAUAAAGAUUUGA